AAAAAACCCUAUUGAGAGAGAGAGAGAGUAAAAGAGAGAGAGAGAGAGUUGGUCACAUGGACGAAGUUGCUGUCCAACUAUUUAAGCAGCUCCUGGCAUCAUCAUCACUCCCACUCCCGAAUUCGUCCAGCAUCGUCGCGCGCGCCCAUGCACCGGAGUGCUACUGAAAUCGAUUUGAAGAAGAACUGAAACGCGCUAUUUGUUUCUUCAGGCUUGGUCGUGGUUGCCCACCUUUGGUGCCCGUCAUCAUUAUCAUCAUGCCAAGGUCCUUCCUCGUGGACUCGCUGAUCCUCCGGGAGGCCGGAGCCGGAGGCGACAAGGGGCGCGCGAGCAGCCCGCCGCUCUUCCCGUACUCCGUGCACCACCCGUCACAUCCCCUGCACGGCCUCUCCGCCGCCAGCUCGUGCCACUCAUCCCGCAAGGCGCAGGGAGGUCUGCUGUGCUUCUGCCCGCUGUGCGUAACGGCGCCCGUGACGCCCCAACUGCACCCGUCGCCUCCGGCCGCUUUGCCCCUCCUGAAGGGGGCGCUCCCGGCGGCCCUCAGCUCGCAGUACUGCCACUCGGCGCUCGCGCUGUCCCGCCAGCACGCGCCCACCGCCGGUGUCAACCUGGGGCACGGACCGGGCUUGUACCAGACCUCCUACCCGCUUCCAGACCCGCGACAAUUUCACUGCAUCUCAAUUGACCACAACAGCACCAGCAGCCAACUUCAGAGCAGCAAGCGCAUGCGCACGGCCUUCACGAGCACGCAGCUGCUGGAGCUGGAGCGCGAGUUCACCUCCAACAUGUACCUGUCCAGGCUGAGGCGCAUCGAGAUCGCCACCUACCUGAACCUGUCCGAGAAGCAGGUGAAGAUCUGGUUCCAGAACCGGCGCGUCAAGCACAAGAAGGAAGGCAAGGGCGGCGGCGCGCACCGCGCGGGUACGCAGCAGCACCAGCACUCGCAGCAGCAACAGGUGCGCGCAUGCACGUGCUCUUCGUCCCUGUCAUCCGCGCGCUGCUCCGAGGAGGAGGAGGAUGCGCCCGGGUCUCCGAUGUCCUCGGGGAAGGAGGACGCGGACCUGUCCGUCAGCCCGUGAGCGCGUAAGCGCACGAGAGACUCUGUGAACGAACAAUUAAACAAACAAACAAAACUAAUAAAUAAAUCAAUCAAAGGGUGUCUGUUCACGAGCUGGACAAAUUAAUUAAGCCCAAAAAACUGAGGACUGAGGUCGUCUCCUAUUGGCUAGAUGACAAAGUCCUGUGCACUCACCUGAACUGAACGCGCGCGCGCGGUCACCUGUAUGUAAAUAGGUAAAGAGGUUUUAUAUUAAAAGCUGGGGAUCCGGUUAAUGUUGUAAACUCGUGUACAUGUUGUACGAUUGUAGUUUUAUUCCUCCUUAAAAACACGACCUUCCGAACGUCACCAAAUACGAGUUUGGAAAUAUUUGCAGAUAUAUGCAAAUGUUCCAAAUCUAGCGUCUAUCUAUGCUCAUAUGUUUGUUUUGUAAAUAUAUAGCACUGUUUGUUUGCUGUUGUUGUUGUUGUUGUUGUCAGAUGGAGAAACGCGCUCGUGAUGAACGCUGCGCUCCAGGCAUCACUUCCACAGCACGAGCCCUCCUGUAUUGUGUGUUCAAUGUAAUAAGAAUAUUUAUUUAUUUAAAAAAAAACUUAUGAUUGAAAAUAAAGGUUAUUUCUUAGUGAA